AGACGAAACCGCGGGGCCCGCUCCCCCACUCCUCUGCCGCUUUCCCUUUUCCGCUUCUCCCCUCUUCGGGCGAUCGCCAUCGCCGCCGCCGCCUCCCACUCCAUCCCGCCGCGACCGCGAAAGCCGCCGUCGGAAGCGGUGGAGCGGCAGUCCAAAGCCUCACUACUCUGACGUCCCUUCCGUCCGUCUGCUGCUUGUAUCGCCCCGCAGGAAGAGGCGCAGAUACGCGCGCACGUCACGCACUCGCCACUGCUGCUUUGUUUGACCGGGUGAUCCCUUGCUGUUCUUGACUCGUUUUUGGCUUCCUUCGUCCCUACCUGGUCGCUGUACGUCGCCACAGGCUUUCGGUUACAACCGUUGUCUGUUUCUUCUGCUCCUCCUUGGAGCUUUCCCCGGCCUAGCUCGCAACUGCUACCUGCUGCGGAGCUUGCUGAAAGGUUUGUGUUGGAGGCUAAGAGGAUUGCGUGCCAUGGCCCUUGAGGCAAAACAAGCUGCUCUAUGUAUCAAGAAAAUUUUAAGGUCCUCCAUUAGAAAAGGCUACAGAUUUAUUUCUGAACACCCAGCCCUUUUCAGUUUCGGUGUUUUGCUAUAUUUAUUGUACAGAUCUUCACCAGGGUUCUUUGCCUUCCUGCUUUCCUCUUCUCCUGUAAUUAUAUGUACUGCUCUUCUUCUUGGAAUCCUACUGAGCUACGGAGAAAUUAAUCUUCCUGAGGCUGGUGAAGAUCACAAGGUCACUCCAUUAAUUUCAGCUUUGAAGGUUGAAAAUUCGUCCAGUGAUAUUCACUUUGAAGCGAAUCAGAGACUUUCAGUGCCUGAAUUUAAGGAGAACUUCAAAGAGAGGGAAACUAAGCAGACAGUUUUUGUCAGAGAGAGGGCUAGCGAGCAUGUUGAUCUGGAUGAUGAUGUACCUCUUCUGGGUAGAGUUGAUGAAGAAGACGAGAGAUCUGAUCGGCGCAACAUACCUACAACAUUAGCACCAUUUCCUUCCAUGGUCUAUCUUCGUCAAGAGGUUGGGAUUGGGGAGGACUUGAACUUCAAUAAGGAAAGAGAAUCGGAAUAUACAUUUUUCAGGGCCGAUAAGCAGAGUAGCCUAUUUGAUGGUGCCCUUUCGAGUGGUCUGAAUGAGAAAGAUACAUCAUUUGGCUUGUUUUCAUCCAGUGUGAAUGUUAAUAAACAUGUUGACAUAGAGGAAAGUCUGAAUCAAGAGAGAGUAUUUACAGAUUCAGCAGCUAGCAAAGAGAUCGAGGUUUCUGAAGAGAAGCAAACUGAAGGGUUUGCUGGAACUAGCAAAGCAGUAUGUGCCAUCUCUGAUCACCAAUGGAAAAGGAACGAUGAGCUUAAUAUUGAUACUAGGAAUGUUGUUGAGGACAACAUGCUUGAUUCCUCUCUUGGCUCACCAUGGGCAAGAGUCAGCAGUCAGGAUGGUUCAUCCGGUUUUGACUCUGAUCGGACUGAGAGUUCUUCUCCUGAUGCUUCCAUGACCAACAUUGCUCCAGUUCUUGAUGAGAUUGACCCACUUUUGGGUGCUGAUUGUACUCGCCCCAAUCCUAUUCCUAAGGAUGAUUCAGACACUGAUUCCCAUGUCUCUGAGGAUCAUCAGAUUGACGAUGAUAGUAAUGAUGAGGGUGAUGACAAUGAUGCUAAAGAUAAUUUGGAGGGGAAGAAGAAAGAUGACGGGAGGGAAGCUGCAUUUGUUUGGACAGUAGAUGAUGAAAAGAAUCUGAUGGAUCUUGGGUAUUCUGAGAUGGAAAGGAACCGCAGGUUGGAGAUUUUGAUGGUUAGGCGAAGAUCCAGGAAGAACAUAAGAUCUGAAAUUGACGACAACUUGAUAGAUAUCGAUAAUAAUGGUGCUGGUCGGAAUUUAGAUGACUUAUCAUGCUUCCGUGCACAAGUACCACCUAUUUCAGUGCCAAGGAGGAACCCUUUUGACCUUCCAUACGAUGCUGAAGAAGCAGCAAUUCCUGGGUCAGCUCCUUCAAUUCUGCAUGCACGGAAGAACCCAUUUGAUCUUCCCCUUGAACAAUCUAUUGAUCGUGGUGUCCCUGCACAUGAUAGCUUAAACUCUGGAGAAUCUGUGAUGCCUCCUCAUUGCGACAUGUUCUUCAGAAGGCAUGACAGCUUCAACUUUGGAAGGACAGAUGCAACCCAGGAGAGACGUUUUUCUAGACUAAAGCCAUAUUUUGUCCCUGAAACAGUGGAAUGGAGCCCGAGCAAUUUCCGAAGACAAUUCAGUGAUAAGAGCGAGUCUAAAUUGAGCUCUGUUACUGAAUCUGACAUGGCUUCUUCAAUUGCUGAUCAGGAGGAUGACAAGGACCACGACAAAAAGGAUUUGCACAAGGAGCAUAAAUCACCAGCUCUUCUGAGACAGGAUAGUGACCUUGCAGAUGUUGGAAGUGAAUGCUCAGAUGGUAUCAAUUCGGUGGAUGUUGAACUAGACAACAGUGACAUUGAUGACCGUGAGAUUGCUCUACAGCACUUUGUCUUUGAACGAUCGCAAGAAAGAGAAGCAUGUCUUACCUCAACAAAAGGAAAGGGUCUUGAAGAAGAUUAUACACCCAAGUCAGCUGAGAACCCCACAAGGUCAUUUCAUCCAGUUCCUGACCUGCUUAGCUGGGAAGAUGAAGAUGGUGGCAGCAGCCUUGGUACUAAACCUUCUAUCGAACCUAACAAAGAAGCAGAAUGCUCAGAAUGGAUUUCGUCCUCCAUGCCACAUGAGGAGGGUGAAUCAAGUUCUGGGGACCUUGAGAAUUGUCUUGACACUGAAGUUUCAUCAAGUUCGAACACAGUUGUUCUUGGUGCAAGCAUUCCAGCUGAGAAAGAUAGAAAUGCUGAUCUCAUCUCCUAUUCAAACAAUGAAAUGCCACUGGAUAACCUGAUCCAUGUGUCUAUGGAAUUUCCUUCUGAUUUUGUCAAGGAAACAUUGCCGGUCAUAUCUAUGGACCUGCACCCUAUCCCUGAGGAGAGAGUUGUUGAGAACUUCAAUUUGCAAGAAAAGCAUGAAACUGCAAUAUUUACUGAUCCAGCUGCUGCCUUGACCAGCUUGCAUGUAAUCGAAGAGCACUUUGAUGUUGGAUCUGAUGGAAGUCUUAGCUCUGCAGUUGUUUCCUUGUAUCCUCAAGAAAAUGAUGUCAUCCAAUCUCCAUCAGGUGAACUUGCAGAAGUCUCGAAUCCCUUUGUUUCCAUGGCUGCUGAACCUAACAAGGUGGAAGAAACAACUGCAGAAUAUCUACUUGAUUCUGAUGACGAAGCUGGUAAAAUCUAUCCUGAGCCUAUGGAGGACAGUGGAAUUGAUGGAAGUUUCCUGUCGGAAUUGGAAGUGGUGGGAGACUUUCGGGUAGAACCUAUGAGAGACCAGCAGGUGUCAGAUCCUGGUUCCCAUUCUGAUAGCCCUGCUAAUGGUGUUGCUGCAGAUUCCGUGACUAGCCCUCGGACUUCUGACAAUGUCUCUGUAACCAUGAAGGAAGCCAAUGCUGUAGACUCCAGGGAGCAGUCUCCAUCGGUUGAUGACCUAAAUGACCUUGAAUUUAGUUGGUCAUGUGGAGCAUCUCAUGGUGACCCUGAGCAGACUGUCUACAACCCUCGGAGACUUUUUCUUGAAGGGAGCCCCUUUGAAGCAAUGAACAUGGAGUUGAUGCCACCACAGGAGGAGACAGAAGUGCCUUCUGGUGAUACACCAUCAGCAGCGAUCUUAGCGGCUGGAUCAGGUGAACCGGAGGUCACUAAAAAUGGGUCCAUGACAAUUACAACUGAUCCUGAGAUAACGAUUCUUGAUGUGAAGUCUCUGGAGGAUUUUGAGACUGCCUUUAAACUUGUUAGUGAUGGCGUGGUUGCUGAGGCCAGCACGGACACUGAAACAUCACUCAUCUCAGGUGUUGAUGUUGAUUCAGAGCCUAAAGAGGUUGCUGUACAGCUGCAUGUCAUUGAUGCAAAAUCUGUGGAUGACAUACAUGCUGCUUUUAAGGAACACUGUGAUUCUGUUGCGAGGAGUUCCAUGGAAGAAAAUGAAGAGAAGGAUGGGUAUGGAGAGGCUGCAGAAUCCACAGAGCAUGGUGAACUUUCAGAAGGAAUACAUGCCGAAAGUCUGCACAAUGUUGGAGCUGGUAGGGAGGCUGAACCGGUGGAGACUACCAGUAAUAUGGGUUCUAGUGAGGCGAAGACUGACGAUGGCAAACAUGAAAUGUUCAGGACGCUCUCUGAUGGCAGUGCCAAGAGUACUGUACAGGCGGAGUCUGAGAAUGCUUGUGAAGUAAUAGAAGAAAGUGAACAACAGUGAAUACUAUCACAAUGAGUGCUAUAGAUGUUACCAAGUUGAUACGAUAUUGUUCCUUGGUUGAAGUGUGACGGAGUUUAUUGUGGAUUCUGCUAAUGGAGUGCUCUUGUUUAGCUGCAGGGGCCUGCAGCUGUGCAUAUACUUCACAGUAUUCAUAAUACGAAGUUUUGAUGUAGAUUUUUGUGAAUGCGUUUGUUUUUCAUUUUUUGCCCUUCCACGGUUUGGCGGGUUUAAUUGAUUCCCUCCUUUCCUUUGGCUGUUUUUUUUUCCUUUUGAAGAAAGAUUUGGCUGUAAUUUGAAGAGAUGUAAUUUUUGCUCAGACUCGUGCGGGGGAUGACAGAGAGAUAGAUCAAUCUGUUGUACCAUGUGAUCGAGGUUUAUUGUACUAUUUGAUUGAACUGGUGAAGUUGGCAAUGGACGAACUACACAAGCACUUGUUUAUCUU